CCGUAGACCUAACACAUUUUACAAUAUAUAAAUAUACAAAUAUAUAUAUAUAUUUAUAUAUAAAUAUAUAUUUAUAUAACCAAGUCACAUUAUACAUACAUGCUUCUGUGUUUGUCUAGUCAUCAACUUAAUUACAUUAGCAAAUAUAUCAAAUUAAAACUGUAAAAUUGGAUAUCUUUCCAAACUUGAAGACUAUGCAUUAACUCCAAACCCUACAUAAAAAGAAGACCAAUAUCCCAUUAAUCUUCACCCAAAGAAAAAAAGAACACAAGAGUUUAUACCUAUCAACAAAAACACCUUUAUAUUUUCUAUUAAGUUUUCUCUCUUCUUCUCUCUUAUUCUCACUUGUUCUUAUUCAUGGAGGGAUUUGGUGCUCACCCUUUUUCAUCUAGGAUCCCGAGGCUGAUCUCCGCAGCCGAGAACGAACUGCAUAUGAAGAACAUGGGGGAAAGGUAUGAUAAUGGUGAUUCUAAGACUGUUGUCUUUGUGCCUGCAUAUUAUAAUAAUUUCGGAAAACAACCUUCUUUUGAGCUAGAUCUGAAGCUGUCGCCGCCGUCACCUAUGUCGACGACGACAGCUGAAGGUAGUGGAAGCAGCAACAGUGAUUCAAGAAAGAAAGAACUAAAUCUCAUCAGUUCUCUCUCUUCGAACCCUGUUCCUGCUUCACUACUUCCGGCUUACAAUGAACAAGGUAAUAGAAUUUUCCCUUGCAAUUAUUGCAAGAGAGAAUUCCCGACCUCUCAAGCCUUGGGUGGUCACCAAAACGCUCAUAAACAUGAGCGUCUCAUGGCGAAAAGACGCCAAGGGAAUGAUGAAGGUCAUGAUAAGCUUGGGCCUUAUGGUGGGCCUUAUGGCGGGCCUUAUGGUGGGCCCCACCGCUACUCGCCUUAUUACCCAUACUACCCUUCACCCUACUAUGGAUCUUACAAUAGACCAUCCUCACUCUCCAAUUCCACAAUGGAAUCCUAUCAUAGGCCUAAUCCCUACUCAUGGUACAGUAGGUCAUCAUUCGGGCCCGAAUUUGGCAGCGGUGAAAGAGGCAGCGGCAUAGGCGCGUGGUCAAGGCAGCCCUCGACGUUCAACCCCGGACAAUGCUCAUCAAUUGAUCAGAGAUUCCUUUCUAGUGGAAGCCUCAGUGGUGGUGGUGCUCCGAACACCUUUCAUGUUACGAGAACUGUCCUCGAUACCGAUACCGAGGCUGAUGGCGGGGUCAAUUUCGUCACCCGAAAGGUGUUUGUGAAGACUAAUAAUAAUAAUAAUAAUUCUGGAGGGAUUGAUUUAUCUCUUAAACUUUGAUUAUUAUUAUCAUUAUUAUUAAUUAUGGUUUUCUAUUGUGUUUUUUGUUUAAGUUGUGUGGAACAUAAAAUUAGUUUACUUAAUUAUUAAUUAAUCAAAUCAAUAUCCUGAAACAUAGAAGUUGAAGGAAGAGUCUUCUGUAAGAGUCUGUUGUUUGUUGUUGUUGUUGUUGUUGUUGUUAUGAACUUUGUUUGUAAUGACUUGUGUUAAUCCUAUCUUUAAUGUAAUACAAGUGUUUGUGUUUUAAUUUUUUAUAUAUUCUCCAAAUAUAUAAUUUCUCCAUAAUCAUUCUAGUUAAUUUUUAUAAUAUUAGACAAUUUUUUUAAUUAAUUAGUUUCAUACAAAUACACAUAUUUGACUAAUUAAAUAUAUACAACUGUGAGUGCAUAUGUCUUUAUUACAAUUAAUAAAAACGCAUAACACAAUAAAUGAAUUACAAUGUAUACAGCUUAAUUAUUAUCAUAUAUUUUGAAUUUUAAUUGGUAAAAUUUAGCCAAAUUUUAUAAUGUUUUUUCCCCUUUUUUAAACAAAAAUCUUUGUAUAUAUACACAAUUAUUUUCUUGUUUUAAAUAUAACCGUUUCUUAUAAGAGAGCUAUCAUUUUUUUUAAA